GAGUUCUUGCUAUAUAUACGGCUGCCAUCAUCCACUUCUACUUGAGCCAACAAGACAGAGCUUAGUAUUAUCCUGAUUCCUAGUCUAUUCCUAGAUCCGUGCUCCAGCCGAAAACACACGCAGCCAGUGCAAGAUGAAGCUUGUCGGAGGCCAGAGGAGGCAGAGGGGCUUCGGCAAGACCCUCAAGGAGCAGAGGGCCAGGCUCUACAUCAUCCAGCGCUGCGUCGUCAUGCUCCUGCGCUGGAACGACUGAUCCGGUCCAAUCCACUGCCGGACGCCGGAUCGAUCGGGUGCCGAAGUUUUGGGGGUCCUGGGUCUGUCUCCUUGCUGGUGCCAGAAUGGUCGCCGGCUGCUGUACAUAGAGGGCCAGCUAGGGACAACAUAGCGUAGUACAGAUUAGAGGUGAUAGCAGUAGGAUUCACUCUGUUACGGUGUUCAUCCAUCUGUGUCUCUCUCCCUGAUAACUAGUGUGCCAAUGUACAAUCGCAUCAGUGUGGAAUGCAAAAUCAAUGAACAGAGAACAAGCAAUGGGUCGAUCACAAUGCAUAUGCCUUCA